AUCAAAUUCACUUCCGCUGCCUCAGCCGGUGACUAGAAUAUAGAACUUACGCUUCGAACAAAUGUGAAAAUUGGAGCUUGAGUAUGAUCAAGACCAAUGUAUUCCUCUUCACGAAGAUAUUGACAUGGAUGAUGUAAAUUUGGGAUAUUUCUAACGGUUUAGGACUGUGCAUUGUGAUGAUGCAGCCAAAUUUCACUGUUGUGACAAAGGCAGCAAGCAGUGCCAAGAUUCUUGCAGUUUUCUAUGAUGACGCACACUGUUCACUUAUACGCUAGCGAUACCAUCAAUUAACUGUAUUGUUUAUGUUACCGUUUCAGUUUUAAUGAAAAUAACCCAUCGUGGCCUGUGCACUAUGGCAGUCGUGGAAGAGUCGAGUACGUUCUAUGGAUCUAAAUGCUAGAUUAUCAAAUAUUUUCAUAGAUUGGAACCUAAUUUCAAUCACUUUACCUUGUUUGGUAUAAUCAGGAAAGGAUAAGAUCUGGUUAAAAUGGGAAACAAGCAAUCCUGCUGUAUUUACCAUAGCCCUAAAGGUGGGCGAAAGUCAAAGAGAGAAGAGAUUUACCAGCCAACUCAAGAGGAAUCUCACAUGUUGCCUCAGCCACAGAGCACAGCAUCAUUACCUGGUGUGCCACACAUAAGUGAGAGGGAGCCAGAAGAAAUCGAUGCCGACCCAUCCAACAAUCCUAUUGCCAGACCCCUCUUCUCAACACGCUCUGAACAUGAAGUCCAGAAAAAUAAUAAGAUGAGGAGGAGAAGUCAGAUCAUCACAUCAGAAGGCCACCAUCAUGUGGUAGAUGAGUAUGGACAACUGAAGAAAUUCAGCUCGUGUUCCACGAUAUUCAUCGAUGACUCCACAGUGUCUCAACCCAAUCUGAAGAACACAAUCAAAGCAGUAGCACUUGCCAUCUACUUCCACAUACGGAACCGUGAUCGAAUCAUGCCUCCUCACAAUACAGAAUCACAUAUACAGGAUAUAUUUGAUGAGAAAAAACACCCUUUGUCUAAGGAACCUGUCCCAGACGACUACAACAAGAGGGAUCCUGAGCACAAGACUAUAUAUCGCUUUGUUAGGAACCUUUUCAGUGCUGCCCAGCUCACAGCAGAAUGUGCAAUAGUUACCUUAGUGUAUUUGGAAAGACUUUUAACAUACGCUGAGAUAGAGAUUUCUCCAGCAACUUGGCGGAGGAUUGUCCUCGGUGCCAUCCUUCUUGCUUCAAAAGUGUGGGAUGAUCAGGCCGUGUGGAAUGUGGAUUUCUGUCAGAUUCUCAAAGAUGUCGCCGUUGAAGACAUGAAUGAACUAGAGCGGCAGUUUUUAGAGUUGUUACAGUUCAACAUCAACGUACCCUCAAGUGUCUAUGCCAAAUACUACUUUGACCUUCGAUCUCUUGCUGAUGCUCAUGAUUUGGUCUUUCCCCUGGAGCCUCUCAGUAAAGACAGGGCGCUCAAGCUGGAGGCCAUGUGCAGUGUGUGCGAAGACAAGGUGCGUGCCUGGCAGAAGACGGGGAAGAUCCACCGAACUGCUAGUCUAGAUGGCUUAUCUGUAUCAAAUAGAGGCAGCAAGGCUAUCCUCUCUUGAUCACCAAUGUGAUUGCUUAGUCGUAAACAAAUUUCGAUUGGUCAAUCAGGAUGAUUGACAGGUGACAAUCAUCAUUAAUGUCUAAAUGUUUCUGCCCACAGGCUUUGUAUAUGUAACUUAUCACUUGGCAGGUAGUUCAUUUGCAGUGGAAUGCACAUGCAACAUACAAAGAUACUGGUAGUGAAUCGUAGGCAUGAUUAGAUAUGAGCAAGGACCACAAUGAAAUGUACAUGAUAUAUAUUACGUAUUGUAAGUUGCUUCCAGAAAUCUUGAAUUUGAACAAAUUUUAUGGAGGAUAUUGCUCAGUGUUAACAGGUGUUUUUGUUUGAUCAGUGUUUUCGUUGUUGAUAUCACAGGUAGUGGUUGUUCCACUGACAGGUAAUCACUGAGUAUUAAUGUAUGCCAAAAACAUUGGAAUUUGUUGACACAGCCGAUGGAAGAAGUGUUUGGGUGAAUGAGAGAGGUUAGGCAUGCACUCAUGGAAUCAUGUAGAAAGUAUUAGGAUCAUAUAUCUCUAUAUAUUCCCACCCCAUCAGUCAGAAGCUUCUAGUCUUGAUGUGUGAUCAAAAUGGUAAAUCAACAUAGCUCCUAGCUAUACAGGAACCAAGCAAGAGUGUCUCAUCAGCUGAAUGGAGUUAAGGCCUUUACUCUUUUAUUUAUUUGUUUGCAGAUUUACACAUUUUCAUUGGUAAUUUUUUGUGAAUUGUGACAUAAAUUUUAAUGUUUUUAUAAAUUUACAUGGCAAAGAUUCAGACACUGCUUGGAGUGCCAGUGAAGCUACAUAUAGUAUUUGUUGUGGCUACAUGUCAGGCUUUGAUCAAACUUUUACAUGUGAUUGAGCAUGAAAUACCUAUGACAAGCUUACUAAAAAACAAUUGCCCUCCCAAAGUGUAUGUUAUUUCAAGGACAUUUCUCCCCAAAUACUUGUGUAUUUAUUGUGACAUAAAUGAGUACAAAAUUUCAAAAUUAAUUAUAUAUGAAAACCUGAACCUAGUAAUAAGAAAGAACCCUAACUUCACAUUGAAUGCUGUGGUAAAUAGUGUGUCAUCCUUUUGUUUUUUAGUUGAGCCAUCUGGCUGUACAUUGAUAUCAGAUUACUUUAGGCAACACAUUUUUUUUUCAUUUCACAGGCACGCUGCCCCUAGUGAAAAGCUUUCUUAGUCAGUCUAAGAAAUAAAUUAAACAUAAAAAUAUGUAUACCCUCUUUUACAAUACAAAAUGUUAUAUAUAAAUUAUGUGUCUACAUCACUAUCAGUGAUUCAAGAGGCCACCUGCAGUUUUAACUCCAUGGCAG